UCAGCACUCUGACACAAGAGAAGUUAGAGGAGCUUAAGAAAAUUCAUGAACCUAAGAAUGAAAGUCUUGGUCUAAAUCUCAAACCUAUAGUCGAAGUCAUUGAGCAUAUUUUCCAUAAUAUUGAUGGUAAUUUCGAGGUAUUAAAAACUUCUCUCUACUUUGUCUUUCGGCUUUCACUUAUGCUUUGAUCAUAUGCAGUUACUGAUAUAAUGAGUUCAUUUGUUGUAGGGUACACAUGGAGUCCUAAACGGCAUGACCAGCCUGACUGGCUCUGAUGGCAUUAAUCAAGCUUUGGCCGAUAUACACAAAAUCUCCUGCAAGAUGUCAUGCAAUCACUCAGGACAAGUUGUUGCAACGACAGUGUAUCUGCUCGAAACGCUCAAACAUUAUUCAUGGAACCAAAAAGUGGUGCUGGUCGUAGCAGCUUUUGCCUUGAGUUUUGGGGAGUUCUGGCUGCUUGUUAGUCGUCGCGAUGAAGACCCAAUUGCCAAAUCUGUCAAUCUCCUGAAAGGUUGCUUGCUGAUACCCGAUUUCAAUGAGCUUGUCAAACUUUUGAGGGCCAUGAUGGUUGCAGUGAACAGCAAUUUUGCCUUCUGUGUGCUUCCUACUUCCUAUAUUAAAAAAGAGACAUCCUCAAUGAUGGGUGCUAUCAAAUAUUUCCCCAAUCCUUCAUGUCAGAUCAUUUGCCGUGUUGUAUACAUUGCAAGCACUUUAGGCAAAGAAAAGGUUAAUAACUUGAAUGAUUUCGCAGAAGAAAUUGGCAAAAUGAAUACUACCCUUCAAGAGAAAUUAAAAUGUUGCCAAGAAGAAGUUGAUGAACAUAGACAAAAAGAGUAUCAAUACAUUUGCGAUCUUAUUGGUCAAUCUAAGGACCAGAUACAGAUUAUCGCCAAAUUAACUGGCAAAAACGAAAAUCAGGUUCCUGAAAGACUGAAAGACCGGCAUGUUAUACUUCUUAUAUCAGAUUUUAACAUCUCCAUCGAAGAGAUUAAGGUUCUUAAUCAGCUGAUAAAAAAGGAUCACUUGUACGAGAUGAUAUGGAUACCAUUUGGGGAAAGGUUAUCCAGUGAAAGGAAUAAGUUUUUGGAGCUGAAAAAAUAUAUGAUAUCGUUUACUUUCUUUGAGCCCUUCGAUAUUGAACAAGCAGUAAUCGAAUUCAUCAAAAAGGAUUGGCAUUUUAUAAAAAAUCCAAUUGCUGUGUCAUUAAAAGGAGGAGAAGUUACGUGCCGCAAUGCACUACCCAUGUUGUUGACAUGGGGAAAUUCGGCCUUUCCUUUCACUGAUAAAACAGAGAAAGAUAAGUGGGAUAAGAUGGAUAAGAAGUGGAAGCUUGAUCUCUUGGUUGAUGAGCAGAUCAUCGGCCAGGACAUAGAGUCAUGGAAGAAGAAAGAGACAGUCGUAUGCUUUUUUGGUGGUGCAAAUAUUGAAUGGAUCAAGAAUUUUACUGCCGAAGUAAAAGUUGCUGCAGAGGCUACCGGUGUUUCCUUAAAAAUGGCUUACGUGGGAAAUAACAAAGGCAAAGGGCUGGCGAGGAACGAGCUUAGUCUUGCCAAAAUCCAUGUCAUCGAAUCUGAGUUUCAGUGGCAUUUUUGGGCCCGGUUUAAGAGCAUAUUGCAGACAAAAAUCCAACAUGGUAAAACCUGUAAAAGUGAUCGCAUAAUGCAGGAGACCAUGAAAAUACUUAACUAUGAUGGCAGUGGUAAAGAAUGGGCAAUAUUCGGCAUGGGAUCAGAUGUGAUGGUCACAAUGAACGGAAAAACAGCUAUAACAAUCAUGUCAAAAUACAAAGAAUGGAAAAAGGAUGUAGCAAAGCCUCGGUUUUUUCUCCAGGGAAUAAGAAGUUAUAUGACCAAACUGUCGGUUGAUCAUGGCUGCAUCGAGGUUCACCUUCCCGUUCUCGGUCAGCUUCCAGGGAUAGUAUUCUGCCCCAAGUGUUACAGAGAAAUGGAGAUGUAUUACACAUAUCGCUGCUGUGAUGAGUAA